UCUAAACCUUAGCAACUGCCAAAUUCCAGCAUUAUCAUCUUCUUUAUUGCCCCUAGUCAUUUAUAAUGAGACAUUGAAGAAGACUAGUUUCAAUAUAGUGCAUGAGAGCCUGGACAAGCAUUUCUUCCCCUUCAAAAUGCAGGAGUACUAUUUAAGGGAAUCUGGUAUUUUAACCUCUGCAUUUCCAACAACACAAUCAACUUGGAAUUUUUCACACUGUUCUGGAAAUGCCACCAUCUGCAAAGGAACAUCCUGCUUAAAGCCACCAGAUGAUUUCAACGAAGUUUUGAGCGUAAUCUUAAGUACUGUCCUAACUGUUAUGCUGGCACUGGUGAUGUUCUCCAUGGGCUGCAAUGUGGAACUGAAGAAAUUUUUAGGACACAUAAAAAAGCCUUGGGGUAUCAUUGUGGGUAUCCUUUGCCAGUUUGGAAUCAUGCCUCUCUUGGGUUUUACACUGGCAUUUGCUUUUGGUGUGCUUCCAAUUCAAGCUGUUGCAGUGAUCAUCAUGGGAUGUUGUCCUGGUGGAACAGCUUCUAACAUUUUAGCUUACUGGUUGGAUGGUGACAUGGACCUAAGCAUCAGUAUGACAACAUGUUCAACCCUGCUGGCCAUGGGAAUGAUGCCGCUCUGUAUCUUUGUCUACACCAGGAUUUGGACAGAUUUCAACUCCAUUCAGAUCCCCUAUGACAGCAUUGGCAUUUCAUUGGUUGCACUUGUCAUUCCUGUUUCCUUUGGGAUAUUCUUUAAGCACCAAUGGCCCAAACUAGCGAAAAUUAUACUUAAGAUUGGUUCCAUAAGUGGUGCUAUUCUCAUAGUGAUCAUAGCCGUGGUCGGAGGAAUAUUAUACCAAAGUUCCUGGACAAUUAGUCCUCAACUCUGGAUUAUUGGGACUAUCUUUCCAGCUGCUGGUUAUUCUCUAGGCUUUUUUUUGGCUCGCAUUGCUGGCCUAUCCUGGCACAGAUGCCGUACUGUCGCACUAGAAACAGGAAUGCAGAAUGCUCAGCUGUGUACAACCAUUGUGCAGCUCUCCUUCAAUCAGGAACAACUGGGGCUGAUGUUUACUUUUCCACUCAUCUAUUCCAUUUUCCAGCUUGCUUUUGCAGCAAUCAUUCUGGGAGUUUACCAGAUCUACAAAAAGUAUUUUGCUGAUAAAAAGAACGUUUUGCUAGAGAAAGAAAAUCAAGCUGAAUCAGGACCAGUGUCAACGUAUGCAACAACAAAUAGAGCACUUAAGAUGGAAGAAGGAAAAGAAGAAAACCAGACGACAGUGGUGGCAAAUGGAAAAGUAUAAGAAGUAUGGAUUUUCUGGGACAUUUGCUUUUAAAAAUUCUGCUCCUUGAAGAGAAAUAUUUUCAAAUAUUUGGAGUAUACCUUUGUACAGAUAUCCUUCCCUUUAAAUUAUUCAUUUACAAUUGUGUCCUUUGAUCUUUCCUCUCACUUCUCUCUUCUUCGGAAAAUAGAAAGUUAGGAAAGUUAUUUUAAUUUUCUAAGGAUUUUAAUAUUUUAGUCAGCAAAAAAUGUAUAUGACAAUAUACCAUUGGAAAUCUUUAAGUUUGUGAUGCAUUUUGUGCUGAAGUAUAUUACUUAAAAUACAAGUUGCUCAAAAACCAAAGGAAACUAUCAAGCAAUUAUAAAUAUUUCUUUAAGCUUAAGAAAUUGAAAAAACAUCAUUUUAUUUUUUGACUGUCCACUGAUUGUUUGCAGAUGGACACUUCUAAUGAUGUCCUACUAUAAUGCAAGAAAUAAUAAAAUCAGCAAUCAUUAUUGGAAGAAUGGAAGACCCAGGAACAUGUGGUUGAGUGGCACUUCUUAGCUGACGCAUGGAAAAGAUCAAUUUUCCUAACACUAUGCUGUGACUGAAGUUAAUGUUAUUCUCUCUGUAUUCUAUUGCAAACACCAGUCUGGACAACAUUGUUUAAAUGCAAGAUUCUAAGCUUUUGGUAUACUUUUCUCCAUGGCAAAUUGAAAAGAAAUAACAAUGACAAAGGCAGAACAAAGUACAUAUUGCCAGUGCAUUCUAGACAUUAAAAAUACGUUUUGCAUUAAGAGAUCUAUUCAUAAACACUCUUGAGUAAGUAUUCAACACUGAGCAGAAUUUGUCCUCUUAAACUGUAUUGCUUAGAUAUUUCAGAGCAGCCAAUAUAAGAAACCAGGAGCUGGGAUAUACAUAUUAAUGGUCACAUCCUUGUAAAGUUAGCCAAGAUGUAAUUUUAUGAGCAUUUAGUUGGAGGUAAAUUAUCUGAACCCACUGAAACUUACUGAUAUAGUAUGUAGACAACUGGGAGGAUAUAUAGCUCAGAAAAGUAUGUAUAUAUAUUUGAAAAUAAAUCCCAGUGCAUAUAUUGAUCCAAGCUUCCUAGUUCAUGUAUCUAACAUUCCUGCUUAUUUGGUGCCUAAUGUAUUUAAUGCUUUUUGAUAGUGACAAGUUUUUGCUGGAUAUAAGAUAGCAACCCCCAACACUAAUUUAAUGCUGGGGUAAAUAGAUCUUGGCAUUUUUUUAUGAUCACAUCCAAAAUUAGAGUUAGGAUCUAGGCUGUAUAUCCAUGGCUGGAUGUAGACAAUCAC